GAGGAGGAGGAGGAGGAGGAGGAGGAGGAUAGUGAGUUAAGCGAUUGGCAUUCUGAGGAGAAGGAUCGGUCGAGUGAUGUUGAGUGGACUGGUUGAGUAGGGUGUUGAGUAGAAUGUUGGAUGGAUGUUGGAUGGAUGUAUCACGGAUAUGAUGUUGUAUCGAGUUCUCUUUUGUUUGGGGUUAAUUGGUUCCUGUUUGUUUGGAGUUGGGUGUAUCGUAUUGGCGGUUAAAGGCGUUGGGGUUGCUUAUUUUGUCGCUUAUUUCCUUUUACUGUCGUCUCUACUGGUGUGAUGGAUAUAUCGUGUUCUCUGUGUCUGGAUGUCUGGAUAGUUUGUGAACUUGAUCUUGGAUUCUUGCUGCCU